AGUCGGAUUGAUUCGAAUAAUUUAAUCGAAUCAAUUCGAUUCAUUCAGUCAUCAUCUUGCCGCGGGAGUUUUGCGACACGACCAUCGCAUCCUCCGACGCGACGGGACGGACGAACGGAGCAUCACAACGAGCUGCUCUGUAUGUGACAAUGACGGUGCCACCGGCGCAUGCGCCAGUAAGCUGCCAGUUAUCAGUUGAGGAACCUUCUCCCACUCAUUCAGGUUUUCACGCACUCCACACAACUGAAGCAAUUCACUGGAACCAAAAUGUGUGUCAAACAUACAAAAUGGGUUGCCAAUACAAGGCACAGCAUUGGAGGCAAGGCAGAGACAGCGGCUUGCACGUCCCUGCAGACAUUAUCUUCUUUGCUUGUGUGUUUGUGGUUCCUUCAUUAUUUAGUUUGGUGCAGGUUUUACAAUGACUGCUCGGAGUUGCCGCUAUCAGUUUCCAGCCUGGGAUGACGCCAAUCUGAUUAUCCCCAUUGGAGCCCACACUCCCCUUGCCCGCAACCUGCCUUCGUGUCUGACCGCCAAAAUACUGGGGGUGGGUGGCGAAGAUGUACCAAUAGUGUACUGUGGAGCCACCUACUUCCCCUUGUCUUUUCAGAUCAAGGAAUUCAAUCAGGCCUUUAUCGACAUCAAUGACAACAAAGGGUGGAUGAUUGCGAGGAGGGACCAGAAGGUGGUUUUGGUUGGAGAGUCCAACAAUGGCAGGUUCAAGGUCCAAAUGGCUCUAAACUUCUAUUCGGAAUCGCCAACCUUGAUCUCAGCGUACCCAGUGUCACGAAAAGACCGACAUUUGCAAAUUGACUUUUUGAGGUUUGACAAUGGUGGGAACCUGGUCCACAAUGGGAUCUUGCACCUCUUGGCUGGCUUGGGACGAAGAAGUCCCAUGGUCCUACAGGAAAUUGCAAAAGCAUUCAUUGCCUCUACCAAUGACAAGAAAGUGCUCUCUUGCCGAGGAUUCUGUAAGGACUCUUCGAAGCAUAAUGCAGAUUGUCCAAUCAGUCAAAUGCAAAGCCAAUGGCGGGAUCCUGAGUAUUUGAAAUGGAGAGAUGAAAAGUACUACCACUAUUGGCGGUACAACAGCAUAGAGCUAGGAGCUCCUUGGUACUUUGUACUCGAUCAUGAAAAGUCCAUGACAUUGGUGCUGCAAUGCUGCAAUCGACAUCCUUAUGCGGAACUAUAUUCCAUCCCUUGGGAUGCCCACCGAGAAAGGAAGCUGAGGAAGCUGACCAAAAAGGCCACAAUGUACUUCACAGAGCAGGAAAAGAAGGUUGAGAAGCUAGACAGUAUCGCUAGGAAAAUUUGGCGUGAAGGCCGGCAACGAGAUUCCAACAAGCUGGUGCGGAAAAGCAGAGGGAGCCUGGAGGUUAUUGGCUUUGGGCGCAAUCCCCAGGAAGAAUUCUUGAUCCUGCAUCCAGCACGCUACAUUGGAUACAGAUUCAAGCCACCACCAUCAGAUGGUCAGAGUGCUGAUGGUUUUAUGCGUUAUGGUGACUUCUUUGUCGGAUACAAUGCAGAAAUGGAUGAUUCGAUACGUGAAUUGUCUGCAGAGGUGAGAGCCUACAAUCAGGCAAAGACUGAUAUAGAUGGAGCUCAAUGGGAACAGAUCACAUCCGGAGCAUGCAUGGGAGUCCAAGAAGUGGGCCCUGGAGUCUAUCACCUCAAUUAAAGCUAUCACUUUUUUAGUACAACGCCAUAAUGCAAAAAACAACACAUUUGCUAAAGCCCGUGUAUGUGGAGCCGCGGUGAAAUACGAGACAGUUGUGUGCAGAGGCCG